UAAGGAAAAGAAAAUUCAAAGGUUUUCUGAAUUUGAAAAGUGGACAUCUGUUCCACGUGGAGGUUCAACGAGCAGCAUCAGCUGGGCUCACAGGACCAGAGCAUUUUACAUUCAUGACAGUCUUCUGAUCUUUCCUGGAGGCAAAGAUGAACGAACAUAUAAAUAUGUGUAUGUAGGACAGCGUGCUGUGUUUAGAGACGCUCCAUUGGAGUCAUAGACGAGCAGCUCUGUCGAGUCUGAUGUGCAGGACUCCUGCGUCUGCACACGGUAAGGAUGUAAGGAUGUAAGGAUGCAUCCUCGGCGUGUGUGUUUUCACGAGCGGAGAUUCCUCAGAUCUGUGACGUCAGAGGCUUUCUGCGCCUGCUGACCAACCGAGGCCGUCGCACCACACGACCAUCGCUUCUUUCACGGAGUCGCUGCCUGACCUCACUCAUUAUGGGAUGUCCCGUUCAGAGGGAUCCCUGCCAAUUCCCAUCGUCUGCUGCGGGCGUUUCACGGCAAUCUGCACAACAAUCAGUUUGCUCUUCAGGCCGACGUCAGCGUCUCUGAAGUGUUGGCGUCCGUGACGUGACUGCAGAAGAAUCUGAGCCCCGUGGGAGAGUUUGCAGAGCUUCACUUCACGAGGAACUAAAGAGGCUUCAAAAGGUCUCCGGUGAUCUACUCUGCAGAGGAUUUGAUGUCCAACCAACCAUACACCACGGAGAUGUCCUACUAUGAAUAUGACUAUAAUGUCAGUGACUACCUAGAAUAUGAUAGUUUUUGUGUUUUUCACAACAACCCGAAUGUGGUGAAGGUCAUCGGCGCGUACAUCCACUCCAUCUUCUGCAUCCUGGGCCUCGUGGGGAACAGCAUGGUCAUUGUCACCUACGCCUUCUACAAGAGGAUCAAGUGCAUGACUGACAUCUACCUGAUCAACGUGGCCAUCGCCGACCUGCUGUUUGUGCUGGCGCUACCAUUCAUUGUCUACAACGAGCUGUGGUCGUGGCCGAUGGGGCAGGUGGCCUGCAAGCUGCUGCGCGGCUCCUACAGCGUGAACCUGUACAGCGGCAUGCUGCUGUUCGCCUGCAUCAGCACCGACCGCUACAUCGCCAUCGCCCAGGCUCGGCGCAGGCGCUGGCUGUCAUACAGGUCCAUCAUCUGCGCCAUCAUCUGGAUCUUCGCUAUACUCGUGUCCGUCCCCACCUUCUACUUCUAUCAGUGGUACGAGCCGUCACACAUGAAUCACAUCAUAUUCGACGAUGAUAACCAAACUGAUAUCCAGAGGACUCCUGCGUACGUCUGUGAGCUCAAUUUUGAAGGCCCAGCCAUGGCGGUGAGGGUGGACGUCCCCAUCACUCAGAUCAGCGUGGGUUUCUUCCUGCCACUCUUCAUCACGAUCUUCUGCUUCAGUGGCAUCAUCAUCACCCUGCUUAAGACCAAGAAUCUCCAGCACCACAGAGAGGUGUGGGAGAUGCUGGUGGUUGUGGCCGUGUUCAUCAUCUGCCACCUGCCCUACAACAUAGUGCUGCUGUACAACACGGUCACCAUGUUUCAGGAGUACUCGUGUGAUGAGGCGGACAUGCUGGAGAGGGCCCUGACAGCGUCGCAGACCAUUGCUUACUUGCACUGCUGCCUGAACCCGAUGCUGUACGCCUUGGUGGCGCUGAACUUCAGGAACCAGUUCAGGAGGAUCUUCAGGGACCUUUGGUGUCUCGGAAAGGCCCCACGCCGCUUCUCCAGAGUCACCUCCGACUUCUACAUGUCCUCCACUCUGCGCUCGAUGGACGGGUCCAGCAACAGUGGCGCUUCUUUCACUAUGUGAAAACAUCUGUGGGUUGAUCUCUGAAGAUCCAGGUCUCUAACACCGAACGCGAUUCACGUCUGUCGCACCGACGAGGUUCCUCAAGAUAAAGAGAUCUAACGCCGAGCGGCACCUCUUAUUCUGAUUCAUUAUUUUGAUCGUGAAAUAUCCAAACUCCUGCAUUUUCUUUCUUUUGUCAUUAUUUUGUGAAUGUUUUGUCACCUGAAACGGCGGCUGAACGUGCAGAACCACGAAAACACGUCUGAUUUGAACUCGUCUGAUCUCUCCUUCAUGGAGGCCUCCUCGUGCACCUUCGACCUUUUUCAGCACUGCUGCUGUCUUAAGGACGCCCUGGCGCCGUGCGCAGCUCUGCUGACGCUGUGAC